UGUUCCCCUCAUUCUAUGCUUUAAUUUUAUCAUGGUACUUAUGAUGAUGACGACGAUGACGCCUUCAUUGCCGGCAAAACACGCCGCCAUGCACGGCGGAAGGCCAGUUUGCGACCACACCAACUCGGAAAUGGUGUGGAAGCACGGCGGCGGAGUCAUGGGUGCUCCGGCGGCCAGUUAUGGUGGUGAGAGGGCACAGAAGCUGACAAAGGUGUUGCUGAAUGUGAGUUUUCAGAACAGUUUGGGGCCGCUGAGAGUGGUGCUUUCGCCGGAAAAUACCGUCGGGGAUUUGAUCACGGCGGCGGUCGAGAUGUACGUUAAGGAGAAGCGGCGGCCGUUGCUGCCCGCCACCCAUCCUGGUCAUUACGAGCUUCAUUAUUCCCAGUUUAGUCUCCAAAGCUUGAGAGAAGAAGAAAAGUUGAUAAAGUUAGACUCUAGAAAUUUCUUUUUAUGUCCAAAAUUAAAUGGUGUGGCAAACACAACAUGCUCCAUUAGUACAAGGGGAGCAAGUGCAACUAAAAAGUCACUAUUUCCAUUGACAAAACUCAUGGAUUUCUUACUAUAAGUUUGUAAAUUUUAAAUGUUUAUAUGGUUUUAUUUUGUUGGCCUUUAAAGACUUUUGAUAAUAUAUCUUGAUUUUAUU